CUGCACUUCUUCCACUUAAAACCCUGAGCUCAGUGGGGAAGCUUACAGACUGUAACAGACCGAGAGAACUGCUUUACAAGUCUGGUCAAACUUUAAAACAUUUCAACCCUCAGACAACAGGAUAACUUUAAACAACCUUCUAUCCAGCGUUUGGAUUUAUUUGAAAAGAGCGAGUCUGGAGAAACAUUGAAGGUGUUUUAUUUCCAGAGAGCUGACCUCUUCAUGCCCUCCCAGACAUCCUUCUGAACCUCUGUUUAACUCCACCUCUUCUUCUCUCCUCUGUGUGGCGCCCGGUGCUCCCCAGGCUACUUAGAGAGCGGGCACAGCGCCAUGGUAACUCACAGCAAGUUUGACUCCGCAAUGAGCAGCAGCCUCUUGGACUCCAACAUGCGGCUGCCUUACCGUUACAAGACUUUCACCUCCAAGACGCAGUACCAGAUGAUCCUCACCACGCUCCAAAAGCUCCAGGAGAGUGGCUUCUACUGGGGUGCCAUCACUGGGAAGGAGGCCAAUGCCAUGCUGGCAGCCGAGACCACCGGCACCUUCCUCAUUCGGGACAGCUCCGACAACCGUCACCUGUUCACCCUCAGUGUCAAGACGGCGUCAGGCACCAAGAAUCUGCGGAUCCAGUGCGAUACUGCGUCUUUUUACCUGCAAACAGACCCUAAGAACAUUCAGUCCGUUCCCCACUUCGACUGCGUCCUGAAGCUGGUGCAUUACUACAUGCCACAGAGCAAGGGGAACACUCGCAGUGGGAAUAUGUACUACAUUUACUCUGGAGGAGAGAAAAUCCCCCUGGAGCUCAUCAAACCUCUCUCCUGCAGCUUGUCCACCUUGCAGCACCUGUGCAGGAAAACAGUCAACGGGCAUUUGGACAUUUCCUCUAAAAGAGAUCAGCUUCCUCAUCCUCUUAAGGAGUUCCUCCAGGAGUAUGAUGCUCCUAUCUAGAGGUGUUGGACUAAUGCUCUUGAAGGAGCAGAGACUUAAAUGUGUAAUGAAGACAGUGGAUGGUUUUGGUACAACUACAUGUGUUUUGUCGGAGGAGGAAUGAUUAAGCAGAGACCAAGAGAGUCAAGCCCAGGACUGAGCUUGUGAAAAGGAGCCGUUUUGUUCUGACAAGAUGUGCCUACUUCUCAGAGAAAAGUGAGCUUGCGUCCACAUUUCAGGAAAGAGACACUGGAUUGAUGAGGACUAACCCACAAAGAGGGCCAAGAGAAAUAGCUCUGCUGUAGUCUGGUGGUAUGAAAGAGAGAUAACCCCUGUCGUCCUCCUCCGUCUCAGUGAUGACGUACAACUUACUGAAAACUGAAGUGAGGCUCACAGUCAGCUGUCUGCACUCUGAUGACACACAGGUUCCCUCUGCUGCUGCUAACCAAUGUGCUGCGAGGCUGUCGAGCUCACGCACAUCAGCCUCAGAAAAUCAUCUACCCAUUAAAGCUGGACUGGCUUUAUUUUGAUCAGACUGGCUUUUUUGUUUCUGCUGACAUUGGAUGAUAAUCUUGUACAGAUUAGACAUGUCCGUUCAGCGAUCAAGCAUCUCUGACCAAGUGUACGCUGGAGAUUCACAGACAAUGGAAACUGUGCCAGCCAUGAUGGGAAAGGGCUGAACUUUUUUUUUUUUUUUUUUUUAAUCUGAAUCUAUUUUAAGACCAUAAAAUGUGGAAAGAGGAUAUGUUUCUGAUAUUCUGUUCAGAGGAAGGGUUUAUGCCAAACUUGCCUGAACUAGACAACAGUUUGUUGGAACACCAACAUGACUGAAUCCUACAGGAUCUUAAUUUAGAGAACAGUACCACUGCUGUGAGUCAGAAGUUUGUAUGGCAUCAGUGGUGAGGAAGUAUGUACCAUAAGAUGUGGUACUGUCUGUGGCGCAACACAGGAUCACCACUGCUUGCAAAUGAAUGUAUUAAAACAUGGUAUCUUUCCUUUCCUAAUAAGGAAAAGAGUCAAAAUGUGUCCUUUCCUUAAAACAAUGUUUACAUGAGUGAAGAUGAAAUGGUAAACCUGUCAUUGUGCUGUCUUUUGUAAAGAUGUACCUUUGCCAGCCAAACCACUGGCUGUGGAUGCUUGAAGAUAUUUGAGAAGUUUGACGAAGCAAGCAGACUGAUACAACUUUGCACUUAUUUAUAUUUGUAAGAACAUUUCGUUAAUUUAUAAUAAAGAUCACUAUUUUUCUAUGAAA